GGGCAGCCCGGGCAGGGAGGCAGCGCGUACCGGGCAGGCAACAAGGCAGGCAGCGCGGGCAGGGCGGGCAAGGCAGGCAGCGCAAGGCAGCUCGCGCCGCCCGGGGAGGGCUCUGAUUCAUCACCCCGUUCAGAGGAGAGGAUGGGACGCCGCUGAACUCCCCUUUCUCCCUCCUCCCUUCCCCCCUCGCCAAGCGAGCCCCCCCUCUCCUCCCCCCUCCGCUGCUCUUUCUCUCUCCCCAAGCAGUGAGGCUCGGACAGUGCUCGGCUCCGGCGCUUUCUUUUAAGAUGAUCGGCCAAGGUCUUUGCAGAUAGAUUUUAUCUGAAGUUAAAUAGCAGGCGCUCGCCGCUCGCUCGCCAAUAAGUCAUUUUUAAUAGAGACAAAUCGCCCUGGACGCCCCGGAGCGCCUGUGCCGCCGCUCCUGCCCGCGCCCCCCGCCGAAGGCGAGCGGGCAGCCCGGGCAGCUCCCUCCUCCCGCUGGUGAGAGCUCUGCUUGUUCUGUAAAGUGGAUGUCAGGUGGAUCUAUGUUCUGGAAGGAACAAAGAGGCAGCGAAGGCAGCGCGGGGGAAGUUUGAGCGGCGAGGAUGCAGGCUGUGUACUGGUACGCGGUCCUUCUGCUGCAGCCCACCCUCUACCUGGUUACCUGUGCAAAUUUAACAAAUGGAGGAAAAACAGAACUUCUAAAAUCAGGAAGCUCCAAAUCCACACUAAAGCACAUAUGGACAGAAAGUAGCAAAGAUUUGUCCAUCAGCCGACUGCUGUCACAGACUUUUCGUGGAAAGGAAAACGAUACAGAUUUGGACCUGCGAUACGAUGCCCCAGAAACUUAUUCUGAGCAAGAUCUCUGGGACUGGCUGAGGAACUCCACAGACCUGCAAGAGCCUCGGCCCAGAGCAAAGAGACGGCCCAUUGUCAAAACCGGGAAAUUUAAGAAAAUGUUUGGCUGGGGCGAUUUUCAUUCCAACAUCAAGACUGUGAAGCUAAAUCUGUUAAUAACAGGGAAAAUCGUUGACCAUGGCAAUGGGACGUUUAGUGUUUACUUCAGGCAUAACUCCACUGGUCAAGGGAAUGUAUCUGUGAGCCUAGUGCCCCCUACAAAAAUAGUGGAAUUUGACUUGGCACAACAGACGGUGAUUGAUGCCAAAGAUUCCAAGUCCUUUAACUGUCGAAUCGAGUACGAAAAGGUUGACAAGGCUACCAAGAACACACUCUGCAACUAUGACCCUUCAAAAACCUGUUAUCAGGAGCAGACCCAGAGCCACGUGUCAUGGCUCUGCUCCAAGCCCUUUAAAGUAAUCUGUAUUUACAUUUCCUUUUAUAGUACAGAUUAUAAACUAGUACAGAAGGUGUGUCCUGAUUACAACUACCACAGUGACACACCCUACUUCCCAUCAGGGUGAGGACCAACAUGUGUCUGAGACUGAAGCCUGGGGAAUAAAAGAGGUCAUAUGACAGGGCUGUAACCUCAAGGAGGAAGGCCACAUCUAUUGCCUGGAAUGUGUCUACCUGCUGCUGAUGAUGUCAAAUGGCUGCAAACAUGUUAGUGGAAAACAAUCUAAUGUAAUUUUUGCCCCGUCAGCUCCAUGUAUCAAUCUAGUUGUAAAUCACUAUGGAUUUGAAAUAAAACCAUACACGUACACAAAGACACACACUCUUUUCAGCUCACAUCUAUUGAGAUUCCUGUUAAGAGAGCUUUCAUUGUCUGAUAUCUAAGGUUUCAGGAUAACCUAUCAUCAAGCAAAAUGGAUUAACUAGACAGAGAAUGGUUUCUAACACAGACUGUUAUGGAAAUCUCUUUGAAAGUCCUUUGAGUACAUGGCAAUCAAUAAUCCCCACUCAUGCAUUCUACUGCUUGGAGUAGCUGUGCUGGUAAAUAAUACUGUAGGAGUAAAUACUUGUUAAAAUGGGAAAAAUGUGUGUCUAGAUUUCAGUAUUCCUUAUUAUAUGAACACAGCAAAGCAUCGUGACUUUUUUCCAGCAUACAGUAGGCACAUUCGAGGUGGUGUUAGGUGGCUCUUUUUCCAUGGAGUGAGCCUGUUACUAGUAAAGAUGGGCAAACAUUUGGAAUUUACAUGUGGGCAGACAUUCUGGUUUCAUGUUUCUCUGACUCUUUAGGCUCUGAUUCUUUAAACCUGGUUGAGUUUAGGCCAGCUAAGCUACUUAAAAACUCUCCAACUGAUCUCUAAGAAGGAAAAUGCCUGGUGGAGAACAUGUAAGUUAUAAGUGGCUGUCUUAUCUUUAUUACAAAAUAUUGUAACAAAUUCAAUAUCCUAGUCUUCAUUUGUAUGAAUGGUUUGUAUUGUACAUAAUUUAACCGGUGUUAUUUGAGCUGCUUAUUAAUAUUAACUUGUAAUUGUCUCUCUGCUUGUUAUUGGUUAAAAACAAUCAAGGAAAUGAGGAAUCCAUUUUAUCAAUGUAGCUGUAAACUCCAUUAAAAGACAGAACUAUGUACAAAGCAUUUAUUCAGCUAAAGUAUUGUUGAAAGCUAUACAUAUACAACAUUACAGUCUGUCUGUAUUUAGAUAUUUUAUUUCCAGAGAAAAAAAUGAACUGUACAUAAAAAUAAAAAAUCUUAAAGUUGA